UCACAUUUUUCAAAUAAAAUGAAAGUUAAAAUUGCUCACCAGCUGUGCAGCGUGGAAAAGGGGUUCAAAUGGAUCUGCCCUUCGGCACACAGACUCCGGAACUAGACGUACUGAUUGUGGGAGCGGGUCUUUCGGGAUUGGCCUCUGCCCUGAAAAUCCUGUCCAAGGAGAGCACCCUGAAGGUGAGGAUCAUCGAGGCGAGCGAUCGAUUGGGGGGCCAGCUGGGUCAGAAUGGCACCAGACUUGUGGAUGGCGAGCAGAAGGAUAUGCUGGACUUCCUGACCCUAAUCCAACUGUCACCCCGGCGCAGGAGAAGCGACAAUGGCAGGCUGCGAAGGUGCUGGGAUCUGGAUCGAGGACUCACCGCUCUGCCGGCCAAAUUCGAGCUGGGACGCUACAUAGAAAUGUUGGACCUGCGGAUGCCCAAGUUUCGCUCCAAGCGGUUCAACCUUCGGGAACGAGUGUCCAACAUGGAACAGCAUAUCUGCCACCAUUUGUUCUUUAGCAAGUCGCGGAACUUUAUGCUCAACCUGGUGGAACUGGUAUGUGGUGUUCCUGCCAACGAAGUAGACUACGAUGUCUUCAUGUCCGUAUGCAGUUCUUGUGGAGGCCUCAAAACGAUUAUUGACUUCUACUUCACCUACCCGAGCAGCUUCUAUGAGGUAUCCACGCAGCAUUUGAUCGAAAACAUAUUGGAGCAGAUGCAGUUCAUCACCAUUACACUGAACUGUAGGGCCGUGAAAGUGGAGCACUUCAAGAACUAUGUCCAGGUGACUGAUGAGCUGGAGAAGAAGCACACGGCUCAGGCUGUGAUCCUGGCCAUACCCUGGAACAAGGUGCAGAAGCUGGAGUUUGAGCCACGCAUUCCGAAGACCUUUGUGCCACCUUCGGCUACUAAAGCUGGCCAAAAUCCCCGCCACCUGAUCACCCAGUUCCACCUGCAAUAUGGCAAAUCCAUUUGGGCGGAGCUCGGUUACUCCGGCAACUUUCUCAGCUCCCAGCCGCUGGUCAGUGGACACGAGUGUCGAAUGUCCACCCUCUGCGGCUACAUGCUGCACUCGCCGGAGGAGCAGGACGAUGUCCUGGAGGACGUGUUGGAUCUGCUGGCGGCCCAGUUUGGCGAGGAAAUGCGUCAGCCUCUGGAGUGGCAGAGCUCAACCGACGAGCUAAAUACGGCGAUGCACAAGCCGCAGACGAAGCCCUGGCAUCGGAUAAUCUGGUCCAGUUCCUCGGCCGUCGGCACCAGCUAUCGCAGCCUAAUGGGUGGAGCGGUGCAGAGUGGUGUACGGGCAGCUGUCAACGCCCUCUUUGUGGUCCGACCCCAGGUGGUCAGCUGGAAGGACAUGCUCGACGAGCGGCCAAAGGGUCCAAAGGAAGAGGUUCGAACCGGCAGACUCAGGGGUCUGCUUAGUCGCCUCAAUCUCUACAACGUGACCUUCUACAGCUUCUUUGUUCUCGGACUCAUAUGGCUGCUGAACCUCGGCUACGCCAGGUCAUCCGCAUCCUAGAGGAUAACACGUGUGUGCCCAAUGAAAUUAAAGUACCCGUUUUGAAUGCGA